GUGAAAUUAGAGCGGUGAAUGAGAGAUCGAGAUCGUAGUUAGCAGCUCCAACGCACGUGCUGCUCCUCUCAGUGUUAUUGUUAUUGUUAUUGUGCUUUAAUUCGAGCCCAACGACAUGGUCAUUCUUCGCUACUAUGAUGUGCAGGCCCACAGCGAGGCCGAGGAGCUGGGUGUCCUGCGCCGGCUGCAGGAGGAGGACGACGGCGUGCUGUCUGUGCGCAUGGAGCGUUGCUACCAUUUGGAGUACAGCGGGCUGGCAGAGCACUCGCACUCUAUGGCCUUGGAAGAGCUGCUAGUCUGGCUGGUGAAGCAGCCCUUGACGAGUGGCCAAGGUCUGUCCAGGCAGUCCGUUCUGCAGGCAGAGAGCCGAGGGCAGUUGCUUCUGGAGAUCGGUCCGCGCUUUAACUUUUCCACGCCCUACUCCACCAACUGCGUUAACAUAUUCCACAAUCUUGGGUACUCCGAGGUGCGUCGGGUGGAGACCUCGACCCGCUACCUUCUGACCUUUGGCAAGGACGUGGAGGAGCGAAUGGCGGCCAGAUUCUUUCCUCUGCUAGGCGACCGAAUGACUCAAUGCUUGUAUACCGAGAAGAACACCCCCAGCGCGAGCUUCGAUGAGCAGCUACCUGAACGGCGGGAUAACUGGGAAGUCGUGCCCGUGCUGGAGGAGGGUCGGCCGGCGCUGGACCGGAUCAACCAGACGCUGGGUCUGGCCUUCAACGAGUUCGACUUGAACUACUACCACGACUUGUUCGCCAAGGAGCUGGGCCGCAAUCCCACAACAGUGGAGCUGUUCGACUGCGCCCAGAGCAACAGUGAGCACUCGCGCCACUGGUUUUUCCGUGGACGCAUGGUCAUCGAUGGGGUGGAACAGCCCAAGUCACUGAUUCGCAUGAUCAUGGACACACAGGCCCACACGAACCCCAACAACACCAUUAAGUUCAGCGACAACAGUAGCGCCAUGGUGGGCUUUGAGCACAAGGCCGUAGUCCCGACCUCCGUGGUUGCUCCCGGGCCAGUGCGUCUGGAGAGCGUGCAGUCCGACCUGAUUUUCACGGCGGAAACCCACAACAUGCCCACGGCAGUGGCGCCCUUCAGCGGGGCCACCACGGGCACGGGCGGACGACUCCGUGACGUUCAAGGCGUGGGCAGAGGAGGAGUUCCAAUCGCCGGCACAGCCGGUUACUGUGUUGGAUGUCUUCACAUUCCAGGUUACAAACAACCAUACGAGCCCUCGGACUAUAAAUAUCCCGAGACGUUUGCACCUCCGCUUCAGGUGCUCAUAGAGGCAAGCAAUGGCGCCUCGGACUACGGAAACAAGUUCGGCGAGCCGGUGAUCUCCGGCUUCGCCCUCUCCUACGGACUCAACAGUGCAGCUGAUGCGAGCCACCGGGAUGAGUACAUAAAACCGAUCAUGUUCAGCGGUGGGCUAGGCACCAUGCCCGCAUCAAUGCGCGAAAAGCUGCCGCCGAGUCGUGGCCAGUUGCUGGCCAAGAUCGGAGGCCCAGUGUACAGAAUAGGAGUGGGUGGUGGUGCCGCAAGCUCCGUUGAGAUACAGGGAUCUGGAGACGCUGAGCUGGACUUCAACGCCGUGCAGCGGGGAGACCCUGAGAUGGAGAACAAACUAAACCGCGUUGUUCGCGCCUGUCUGGAACUGGGCGACCAAAAUCCUAUACUUGCGAUUCACGACCAGGGAGCUGGCGGAAAUGGCAACGUUCUGAAAGAACUUGUGGAGCCUGGCUUCGCGGGAGCCGUUAUCUUCUCCAAGGAGUUUCAACUGGGCGAUCCCACAAUCACGGCCUUGGAGCUGUGGGGUGCCGAGUACCAGGAAAACAACGCCAUUCUCUGCAAGGCGGAGCAUCGCGAACUGCUCGAGCAGAUCUGCCGGCGUGAACGCUGCCCAAUUAGCUUUGUAGGAGUUGUGACGGGGGAUGGGCGAGUGACGCUCCUGGAGAAAGCUGCCCCCAAGGAUAUGGAACAGGCUCUGAACGCCUGUGAUUCCAGCACUUCCUCACCGUUUGACUUGGAGCUAAAGUAUGUCCUAGGCGAUAUGCCCAAAAGAAGAUAUGAGUUAAGCCGGGAGUCGCAGCCACUAAAGGAAUUGAGUCUGCCGAAGGACUUGCUCCUGGACGACGCUUUGGAGAGAGUUCUCAGCUUGGUGUCAGUGGGUAGCAAGCGCUUCCUCACAAAUAAGGUGGAUCGCUGCGUUGGAGGGCUGAUUGUGCAGCAACAGUGUGUGGGUCCGCUGCAGGCUCCGCUUUCGGACUACGCGUUGACCACCGUAUCCCACUUUAGCACUGCCGGCAUCGCCACCUCAAUUGGAACCCAACCACUCAAGGGUCUGCUUGAUCCCGCCGCAAUGGCCAGGAUGUGUGUGGCUGAGGCGCUUAGCAACCUUGUCUUCGUGAAGAUAACCGAACUGGCGGACGUCAAGUGUUCGGGAAACUGGAUGUGGGCUGCUAAGCUGCCCGGAGAGGGAGCAAAGAUGUUCGACGCCUGCAAGGAGCUGUGCAAGAUUCUCGAGGAGCUGCAUAUUGCCAUCGACGGGGGUAAGGACUCCCUGUCCAUGGCUGCCAAGGUGGGUUCCGAGACAAUAAAGUCCCCUGGCACUCUGGUUAUCUCAACCUACGCUCCCUGUCCGGAUGUGCGACUAAGGGUUACACCUGAUCUGAAGGGUCCCGGCGCGGGCACCAAGACGGCCUUGCUAUGGAUAAAUCUGGAGAACAGCCUUCGUCUGGGCGGCUCGGCUUUGGCUCAGGCAUACGCCCAACAGGGCAAGGAGUCGCCUAACCUGUUAAGAAGUGAUCUGCUGAGCGCGGCGUUUGCGGUCACCCAAUCGUUGCUGGGAGAAGGUCUACUUAGGGCUGGACACGAUGUUAGCGACGGCGGAUUGAUCGUUUGUCUUGUGGAGAUGGCGAUCGGCGGGCUGAGUGGCCUUAGGGUGGACCUAUCGGAGCCCUUGGCCAAACUACAGAACUACAGUGCAGCUGCCGAGGAACUCAAUCGUCCCGAGCUUGCUCUUCUCUUCGCGGAGGAGUGUGGAUGGGUUGUGGAAGUACUGGAGACGGAUUUGGAGCGAGUCCGAUCCACCUACAAAGAUGCCGGAGUACCAAAUUACUAUUUGGGCGUUACCGACGGAUUCGGACUCGAUUCCCGAGUGGAAAUCAAGCAUGGUGUGUCGUUACUGCUAAACCAUCCCCUUCGCUCGCUCUACCAGAAGUGGGAGCGCACCAGUUAUGAACUGGAAAAGCUUCAGACUAACCCGGAGUGCGCCAAGGCGGAGUACAAUAGCCUUGAGUAUCGCAAAGCCCCGCGAUACAAGGGUCCCUUGAAUUUACAGGCCGAGCUAACCCUCAAGCGCUCAAACGCCCCAGUUCGCGUCGCCGUGCUCCGUGAGGAGGGCGUCAACAGUGAGCGUGAGAUGAUGGCCUGCUUGCUGAAAGCUAACUUCGAGGUGCACGAUGUGACCAUGUCGGAUCUUUUGCAAGGUACCACAAAUCUGUCCCAAUACCGCGGACUUAUCUUCCCGGGUGGAUUUAGCUAUGCUGACACUUUGGGAUCUGCCAAGGGCUGGGCAGCAAACAUUCUCCACAAUCCUCGACUGCUGCCUCAGUUUGAUGCCUUUAAGCGCCGUCAAGAUGUCUUUUCUUUAGGCAUUUGCAAUGGGUGCCAACUGAUGACUCUCAUUGGAUUUGUUGGAAGUCCGGGCUGUGAAGUGGGUGUAGAUCCUGAAGUAGCCUUGCUCCAUAACAAAUCGCAGCGAUUCGAAUGCCGUUGGUCCACGGUGAGGAUUCCAGCCAAUCGCUCUAUAAUGCUCGAAAGCUUGAAGGAUCUGAUUCUGGGCUGUUGGGUGGCUCACGGAGAAGGUCGUUUUGCAUUCCGGGAGGAAAAGCUCUUAAACCAACUGGAGUCGGAAGAACUGGUCACAUUGCAGUAUGUUGACGAUGCAGGCUUGCCAACGGAGCUCUAUCCCCUCAAUCCGAACGGCAGUCCUCGGGGAAUAGCCGGUCUUUGCUCGGCGGAUGGACGUCAUCUAGCCCUAAUGCCACAUCCUGAGCGUUGUUUCGCCAUGUAUCAGUGGCCCUAUGUGCCACCAUCCUUCGAGGUUUCCCCAACGCAGGCGGAGAGUCCUUGGCAGAUUAUGUUUAGCAACGCCUACAAUUGGUGUGUCGGUCAGACCAAUUGAAGUCCAACGGGUAUACGAAACACUUGAAUACAUUCAACAUUUUGUUCAAUUAUUAUUCUAACUGCAAUUUACAAUACAAAACAUAAUUUGUAUACAUACAUCUAAUAAACUUUUGUAACUUUUA